GGGCGGCGGAGGCGGCGGCCUGAGCCUCGCGGAGCAGCUCAGCGUGGACCUCCCGCUCGGCGGGACUAGCGCAGCCCGCGCUUGCCGAGGCUUUGCCACUCGCCUCCAGCUCCCUCCGCGGGCUGUGGCCGCGCGAGCCUCCGAGCUCUCCCUCCCCGUCCGGCGGUCCUUCCUCCUCCCACUCAGCCCGGGCAGCCGGAGCGCGAGAGGACCGCCGCGGAGCAUCCUUCGCCCGGCCCGGCCGCGCCACCGCCCAUGCCGCAGCCACUCGGAGGCUGCGACCGCGCGGCCGGAGCCCGCCGCUCGGUGACCUCAGCCUGGCCCCUGCGCGCCGCCCGAGUCGGCCCCGCUGAGCCCCCGGCCCCGGAGCGGGACCCGCGCCCCGCGAUGGCUCGGCUGGCGCUGCGCGGCGCCGGGUACCCGCUGUCCGCCCGCUGAGACGCGCCCGGCUCGGGACCGGCUGGGCCUUGGCGCCCCCCGCCGCGCCCUUCCCCCUUCUGGGAGCUGAGCUGCUGCUUCCCGGGGGCGAGGGGACGGGGGCCGAGACAAAGCCCACUUUGUGCGGGGAGUUGGCCGCGGGCGUGGAAUGAGCGCGUCGGCGUGCGCCCCCUCCCCGCGCCCAGCCAGCUGUGAGUCUUGGCUCCCAGGCUCGUCGCGUCAGAGAAAUCGCGCCCCCUCGUCACCCUCUUGUCCGGGGGUCCCGGCUCCGAGCUGAUGCGGCGCGGAGUCCUCUCGGUACCCCCCGGAGCGCGCGCUGCUGUGAGCGUGCGAGAUUUUGGAGACGAAAUUGUUCUCCAAAACUACGACUUGGGGCACCCGGUUGGCCUGGACCCGGUGCCUUGACCCUCUGUGGCCGCAGGUGUGAGCUGUCUGGCCUCAGUUUCCCUCCGACUUUACUCUGCAAGCCCAGACUGCUGCCCGUCAUUGUUCUCGCUGUCAAAUGGGGGAGCUUUGUGAUGGCUGCCAAGUUGGGGUGUGUUCUCUUUAUCCCGUUUUACAAAAAGAACAAAGCCUCUAAGGCUGACCCCGGACCGCCACCUCUCUACCCCCUACUUCACGUUGAGGCACUGAUUUUUUUUUUCUUAUUGAGUAGUAUUUUAUUGUACAGGAGCCACGCCCUGGUUUCUUAAAGGCGCCUUGCACUCUGUUUGGCCAUGUGUUAUCUCUGCAGCUGGUGUGUGGGAGGCCUCCUGUGAGCCACCUAUUUUUUUCCUGCCUCCUGAUACAUACUCCUACCCCCAUCAAGGAUUCGGGGAUGCCAGGGGGGAAGAAGGUGGUCGGGGGUGGCAGCAGCGGUGCUGCCCCCACUGCCGCUGCGGCCCCCUCUGGGGUCAGACGCCUGGAGACCAGUGAAGGGGCCUCAGCCCAGAGAGAUGAUGAGCCAGAGGAGGAAGGGGAAGAGGACCUGCGAGACGGAGGCGUCCCCUUCUUUGUCAACCGGGGUGGGCUGCCUGUGGACGAGGCCACCUGGGAAAGGAUGUGGAAGCACGUGGCCAAAAUCCACCCCGAUGGAGAGAAGGUGGCCCAGCGGAUCCGAGGGGCCACAGACCUGCCCAAGCUGUCACCACCUUUAAAAGCUCAGUGGCCACUCAUCCCAGACCCAGCUGCUGAAGGUCUUCUGACUGUGGCUCUGGCCACGGAGCUCCUGCAGAAUGGGAAUUUGGACACCUCCUCCAAAAAGAUUCCCAUACCGAGUGUGCCUACGUUCCAGCCCUCCACGCCCGUCCCUGAGCGCCUGGAAGCUGUGCAGCGCUACAUCAGGGAGCUGCAGUACAAUCACACAGGGACACAGUUCUUUGAAAUUAAGAAGAGCAGACCUCUGACAGGGCUGAUGGACCUGGCCAAGGAGAUGACCAAAGAGGCUCUGCCAAUCAAAUGCCUGGAAGCCGUGAUCCUGGGAAUUUACCUCACCAACAGCAUGCCCACCCUGGAGCGCUUCCCCAUCAGCUUCAAGACCUACUUCUCAGGGAACUACUUCCGCCACAUCGUGCUGGGGGUGAACUUCGGCGGCCGCUACGGGGCGCUGGGCAUGAGCCGGCGCGAGGACCUGAUGUACAAGCCGCCGGCCUUCCGCACGCUCAGCGAGCUCGUGCUGGACUACGAGGCCGCCUACGGCCGCUGCUGGCACGUGCUCAAGAAGGUGAAGCUGGGCCAGUGCGUGUCCCACGACCCGCACAGCGUGGAGCAGAUCGAGUGGAAGCACUCCGUGCUGGACGUGGACAGGCUGGGCCGCGAGGACUUCCGCAAGGAGCUGGAGCGCCACGCCCGCGACAUGCGGCUCAAGAUUGGCAAAGGGACUGGCCCUCCCUCCCCCACCAAGGACCGGAAGAAGGACGUUUCCUCCCCACAGAGGGGCCAGUCCAGCCCCCACCGCAGGAACAGCCGCAGCGAAAGGCGGCCAUCGGGUGAGAAGAAGCCUUCUGAGCCCAAAGCCAUGCCGGACCUCAACGGGUACCAGAUUCGGGUGUGAGGCACGUGGCAGUGCCCAGCCUCACCACUUCUGGCUGGGAUCCAUCUGCCAGAACCAGCCUCAUUCGUGGGGAGGGAGGGGCUGGUGACCGGGCAGGGUGGGAGGCAGCAAGAAGAGCCUGUCCCAGCUCAGCCACCCAAGCUGCUGCUCCUCCCGCUGGGCCAAGCCCCCUAACUUUGGGCCAAGAAGCAGUUAGUAUUUUCUUUGGAGUUUUUAACCCAGUAACUGAAGUUUAAGGGAUUUGGGGAAAACAAAACUAAUGGAUCUGCCGGUGGCUGGAAGGCCAGUGCUUAGGACAUCUAAGCGCCACAAGGCUGAGCAAGGAGGGGGUUGCUGGCUCUGCUGGUAUCCCUCUGGGAUUUGAGUCCAUCUUACCUGUGGGAAAUUUCCCGGCCCCCUAAGCCUGUGGCAGGAUGGGGGUGGGGAAGGGGGAGGGACGGAGGUGUUCCUCCAGUUCUGUCUGCCCUGGCAGAAUCUUGAGCCAGGGAACGGGAAGCAGGGUAGAAAUCAUCCUGGGAAAGGUCUGUGUGGCCAAUAUCAGGAGCUUGGCACAAGGCCACAUCUGCCCCAAGAGCAGAGUCCAUGGCCCAGGACAGCCCUGUGCACUUGUGGCCCAUGGACAGUGCUGUGUGGGCUGUAGGAGAGCCCAGGAGAGACCACUGGGGGAGGAAAUCCCAGGCCCAGCUCCUACCUAGUCUCCUUACUUAGCCCAGCUCUGCCUGUUGCUGAAGCCCGGGGGGCUCCCUGCAGAGGGGCUGAGCCUUGCCAAAGGCCCAGAGUUGCCCUGGGCUCAGCAUGACUGUAGGGACUGAGCAGACCCAGUGGGUCCAGGAAGCAUGGCUGGGGACAGAGUAAGACACUUGGGCCUGGGGCUAUCCCCUGGCAGUCCUGUCCCCAAGGGUGGGGGUGAGAGGCACUGCUACUCCCCCCUUUCUAUUACCUCAGUCCUUGCUGUGAAAACAAAGACCAGAUCAGGAUGCUUGUGCCUCA